AUGCGACUUCACAGUAACAAGACGUUGGUUCAACAUCUCCAAACAUCUAUUUUUACAGCAAACCCUGGAACUUCAAUCUUUACAGGACAAGCAUUUAACUACCUGAACCAAGAGUUUAGUUUGGGACAUAGAAUUUCGGUGAAGGAGACACCUGGUGAAACGACACCCUUCAUUAGACCUUGUACACGCGUAUGA